AUGGACGCUCGCAAGAGUUGGUACAUAUCGCAUAGAAUAACUUCUGGUGCACUGGUAAUUGGUCCGAUUGAGGGUGAGGAGACUGACAGCUACGUGGAACACGUGGGCAUUAUUUCCACACCGUACAUAACGGAUUUUAUCAUAACUCAAGUUGAACCAAUACAUCUAACACCAUCCUAA